AUGCAACAAAAGGAAAAUUCGUCAAGUGAACCUUUCUUUCGGGCUAGUAACUCAAAGUUAGUGGCACCUGGGUCCUUUAGCUUUAGUGCUGGCCCUCCACUCAACCAAAUUAAAACUCAUGAAAAUAUCUAUCCACCAAUUAUUGCAACUGCAACCUUGUCCAAAUCACUUGGUACAAGCCACCAAAGUUCCCAAAUGAGAGAAGGUGGAUCAAGUAGACUUUCUAGAAAGAAUUGUAUUCUCCAGAAGCCAAAUCCUGUAAAGCAACGGAUUUUAAUUACUACACCAGAAAUCGUUCCACUGACUGCCAGUAUUAGAAAUUCAAGCCAUCAAUCAAUCACGACUAAUGAAGAUGAAGUAUUUUAUGAAUCUUCCCCAGUGUUACCUCUCCAAUUAAAUAUUCCCGAUAUUAUUAGUAUUCCCAAUCAAGCAUACAGGGAUUUUGAACAAACACAAACCAAUAAAUUUAUACUUGACUCAAGCAAACUUAUGGAGGAAGGUACAUUCUUUCCUACAUUACUACAAGAGCUGUUCAACCCUAUAGUUCCAGUUGAAAUUACUCCUAUGGGUCGUCCAUUGAUUUCAAAUACGAUGCCUCUUGAUUUACUUUCACUCAUUCCUGAUUUAGAGGGUAUUUACCUCAGGAAAUCAGCACCAUUCUGCACUAUGUAUGAAAAGGAAACUGAAAUCUUAUUGAAAAUUUUGACAUUGGAAUUUGAAUCAUUAGAAGAAUAUUCAACAACCAUUCAACCAGUUCAUUUCAAUAUAGUAACAAGAUUCAAACAGAUUUUCAGAGGAUAUACCGAAGAAGAAUAUGAUUUAUUAUACCCAUGGGCUAAAUAUUUUACAGCUGGAGAUUCAAAUCUUGAUGAUGAAGAUUCUGAUUUUGAAGAAAAUUAUUAG